AAGACAUGUAGACCUGUGACAUAUCUGGGUUAUCUUUUCUGUCUCUGCAUCACCUCUUUAGACGUGCCAGUCCUGUGAGAGAUUGAUUGUCAUUUGAUUUCAACGGUUUUAUCGGGCUGACCAGUCAUUAGAAGUAUACCAAUUUUUGUAUUUUGACUUGCGGUGCUGUUGUUGUUAAACAGCUAACGUUAGUGGYAUGCUUCUCACUGGCAGUGCUAGCGGUUGGCUAACAUAGCCAGCUAGCUAUCUAGUUGCCAUUCAUUGAUUCUGACAUUGUUUUUUUAUUUUCGUUAACGUUAAUUGGUUGGCGAGCUAACGUUUAUUAGCGUACUAGUUAGUCGAGAACUAGCUAGUUGCUUUGAUUAAGGCUAGCUAGCUAGGUUACUGAUUUAACUGCGACGAUGCUAUGGUCAGCUUAUGACAAGAUGUUGGACAACCAAAAACUAGCUACCUAGCUAAAGUUACAAUUAAAUAAUGGGAGGUUUAGUUGACUAAUUGUAUUUGAAGAAGUAAGCUAGAGGGAGCUAGUGGUUUAAAUGGCAAAAAUAGAACCAGGCAAUGGACUUAAGUCAGCAGAGUCCCGCAAAAGUUUGCGGGGCACGACAGAAAGUCUGGCACUAACAGAUGGAGAAGGCAACCUCUUCGGCUCAGACUCGGAACUAAAUGCCUAUACCAGUGAGAGACAGACGGAUAAAUAUGGAUUUAUUGGGGGUGCACAACAAUAUUCAGAACAAUCAGCUGAAAAYAUCCCUCCUGAGGUGCUGAGGCAGAGGGAGGCCAAAUGGCUGGACAUGCUCAACAACUGGGACAAGUGGAUGGCAAAGAGACACAAGAAGAUGAAGCUGCGCUGUCAGAAGGGCAUACCCCCCUCUCUGCGAGGCCGGGCGUGGCUCUACCUGUCUGGAGGAAAGGUGAAGAGGGAGCAGCACAAGGGCACAUUUGAGGAGCUGGACAGCCAGGCAGGAGACCCUAAGUGGGUGGAUGUGAUAGAGAGGGACCUCCACAGACAGUUCCCCUUCCAUGAGAUGUUUGUGGCAAGAGGAGGCCAUGGGCAGCAGGACCUGUACCGUGUCCUGAAGGCCUAUACUCUGCACCGGCCAGAGGAGGGUUACUGCCAGGCCCAGGCUCCCAUUGCUGCUGUGCUGCUAAUGCACAUGCCUGCUGAGGAUGCAUUCUGGGGUCUGGUCCAGAUCUGUGAGAAGUACCUUCCUGGAUACUACAGUGCAGGGCUGGAGGCGAUCCAGCUGGAUGGAGAGAUCCUGUUUGCUCUGCUGAAGCGGGUGUCUCCUCUUGCCCACCGCCACCUGAAGAAGCACAAGAUGGACCCCAUCCUGUACAUGACAGAGUGGUUCAUGUGUGCCUUCUCGAGAACCCUGCCCUGGGUCUCCGUGCUGCGCGUCUGGGACAUGUUCCUCUGUGAGGGAGUGAAGAUCAUCUUCCGGGUGGGCCUGGUGUUGUUGAAGUGCAUGCUGGGCUCCCAGGACAAGCUGAAGACGUGCCAGGGCCAGUAUGAGACUAUGGAGCUGCUCAAGACCAUAGAUACACGCUACAUGCAGGAGGGGUUUCUAGUGCGGGAGAUUCUAGAGCUGCCGGUGUCAGAGCGGGACAUUGAGAAGGAGCACCUGGCAUCAGUGCGGCGCUGGAAGGAGACCCGGGGUGAGUUGCACUGCAAGUCCCUUCCCAGAAUGCACGGCGCCAAGGCCAUCAUGGCUGCCGAGCCGCCCAGUCGCCAAGACCUGAGACAGAACCCCACCAUCAUAGUCGAGUCGCCCCUGGCAACCAAGAGCAAUGGGGAGGACAAGGAAAGGAAAGGGACCAAAGAGGAGAAGAAUGGGAAGAAAAACAGCUUUCCGACCCCAGUGGCAGCCUACCUUGAACCCAGCGAGCCCUCCCCCCUCAAAGACACAGCCCUGCUGGGCUCCAAUCAGAGCCUGAGCAGCACAGAGCAUGACACCUACCUGUAGCAGGUACGGAUAGCCAUGACACUUGUUUACUGCUCACUGACUCCAUAUCCCCAGUAUACCUUUACCCUCUGACCCAUCCCCACCUCUGCCCUGACGAUCAGGUCCCACACCUCUUGACUGACCCUUUCCAUUAUAGCCAUUUGCAUCCAUAGCAAAACAUUCUAAAGCAAUUGGAAGCCUCUGGCAUAGACCCAAGUAGUAGUUGUUUUUCACACAUAUAUGCGAGAUGACAAUUCAAUCAGUUGGGAGAGUGCAGCACUAACCUUCGUUUAGUUGGCCAUACGGGUAUACAUGCACUUGGGCUGAGGGUAGAUUGAUCUCAGCGGCAGGCUGUAUAAUCAUAUCAGUUGAUCUUUUCUCACUGAAGAAGUCUUAGACUGAGUCAAUAUCAGAUGACAUAACUAUGAAGUCUGCUUAGCCAAGAGUUCUGGAUCUGGAGGCUGGACCACUGCCUAUUUACGUAUUCCACCUAAUAUAUACUGUAGUAUGAGACACUACAUUGCCAACACACACCAAUCCAGCAUUGUUAGAUUUAGUUCUCAGUCACAGGGAAUGUCAAUUCAGUUAAAUUGUAAUCCCAGCAGAAUAUUUUGAAUCACAUAGGUUGCCAACAUACUGUAUAAAGAUUAAUGCUAUUGUCAUUCACUCAUUGGUGCAUCCUUUCUCUCUGGUUGUAGUGGAUGUUGAUGAACACUAGAGGGCUCUGUGGGGCAUUUUCCUGCCCUGACCAAUGAAAGAACUUGAAUGACGGGUUGAGGGAAAAUCAAUCAUCUGUAUAUCAUCUUCAUAUUUUUAAAUGAAGGAAAUGAACAUUUGCAGGACAAUUCCUGUCACUAGACCAAAGCUUGUUGAUUUGAUGUUUUGACAUAUAGUAUGUGUUGUAAGAGCCAUGUUGUCUGAAUUAUUCCUGAGUGUGUUUUUGAUUCUUUGCUGAGCUCCAGAGAACAGAGUGAGUGUGUGUGUGUGGUCAUGCAGUGGGAGAAACAUGGUAGAAUGCCAGUCGAUAGACCACUCAUAUCAUACUCAGCCAUGUUGAUUUCAUCUAGACGUUUUGAAGAGAAGUAUAAGCUAUUUGUGUAUAGCUGUUUAUUAACUCUGUGCAUAAUUUCUUUGUAUACAAUCAUCUAUGUUUCACAUAAAUGUGUGUCACGGUCAAAUAUUUGCCUGUAGAUAAGAUUACAACUGCUGAAGUUGACGUUUCUGAAGGGAACAUUUGUAUGAAAGAACUGGGUAAAAAAAUGAUUGUAUAUUUUUGUAUGGUAAAAGGAUGAUUUCUAUAAAAAUUGCUGUAGAUUUUCACACUUGCACAUAGCGUAGUAUAAAACUUAAUAUACUAUAGAUUUUUUAUUUGUCUAAGAUGAAGCACUUUGUCCCUGGUCAAUCCCUUUAAGAAUAGAAUGAACAAUAACAUUUUGUUUGUCUUCUGUAAAAUUGUCCGUGUGUGUAUAUACACAAAACAAAAAUGUAAACACAACAUGUAAAGUGUUGGUUUCAUGAGCUGAAAUAAAAAAU